AUUAACCCCCUGGCCCAACCCAUCAUCUACUCUACCAUCUUCGCAGGCACUCUUAUUACAGCACUAAGCUCCCACUGAUUUUUUGCCUGAGUAGGCCUAGAAAUAAACAUACUAGCUUUUAUCCCAGUCCUAACCAAAAAAAUAAAUCCCCGCUCCACAGAAGCCGCCAUCAAAUAUUUCCUCACACAAGCAACUGCAUCCAUAAUCCUCCUAAUAGCCAUCCUCUCCAACAACAUACUCUCCGGACAAUGAACCACAACCAAUGCCACUAAUCAAUACUCAUCAUUAAUGAUCGUAGUAGCUAUAGCUAUAAAACUAGGAAUAGCCCCCUUUCACUUCUGAGUGCCAGAAGUUACCCAAGGCACCCCCCUAAUGUCUGGCCUACUCCUCCUCACAUGACAAAAACUAGCCCCUAUGUCAAUCAUAUACCAAAUUUCCUCGUCAACAAAUGUAAGCCUUCUCCUCACUCUUUCAAUCCUAUCCAUCCUAGCAGGCAGCUGAGGCGGACUAAACCAAACUCAACUACGCAAGAUUCUAGCAUACUCCUCAAUCACCCAUGUAGGAUGAAUAAUAGCAGUUCUACCAUAUAACCCUAAUAUAACUAUUCUUAAUCUGACCAUUUAUAUUAUCCUCACUACUACCACAUUCCUAUUACUCAACCUAAACUCCAGCACCACAACCUUACUACUAUCUCGUACUUGAAAUAAACUGACAUGAUUAACACCUCUAAUCCCCUCCACCCUCCUCUCCCUAGGAGGUCUACCCCCACUAACCGGCUUCCUACCCAAAUGGCUUAUUAUCGAAGAAUUCACAAAAAAUAACGACCUCAUUACCCCCACCAUUAUGGCCAUCAUCACCCUCCUCAACCUCUAUUUCUAUCUACGCCUAAUUUACUCCACCUCUAUCACACUACUACCCAUAUCCAACAACGUAAAGAUAAAAUGACAGCUCGAAUAUACUAAACCCACUCCCUUCCUCCCUACACUUAUCACACUCACCACCCUACUUCUACCCAUCUCCCCCUUCAUACUAAUAGUUCUAU